AUGAGGUCCCCGCCGCCCGAGGUCCUUGCGACAUGGCCCAAGCCGAACUACGUCGACCCGACCACGAGGGGUUCGGGUUUGAUGAUAGUCGAGUUGACACUAUUACCGAUUGCUAUGAUUGUUGUAUUUCUCCGACUUUGGGUACGGAUAGCAUGGUUGAAGAAGAGCUGGUAUGACGACUACCUUAUGAUUGUGGCAAUGGUCUUCAGCAUCGGCACAACAGUCAUUGUCAUUAUGGCAUCCCAACUCUAUGGUUGGGAUCGCCACGUUUGGGACCUCACACCGCACGAGAUGAUGGUUGGUAGACAGGCAUCCAUGGCAGGUCAGACAUUAUUCGUCCUUGCUUCUUCCACGGUCAAGAUGUCUAUCCUCGUAUCGUACUUUCGCAUCGCACCAGAAAAGUCACUGUUCCGCAAGCUCGUCUGGGCAACCUUUGCGCUUGUAUUCGCCGCCUUUGUUGUCUUCCUAGUUGCACUCUGGGUACAAUGCAUUCCAAUCUCCAGCUACUGGGAGCUCAAAGCCGACCACCGUGACUGCAUUCCUGAGGGACCACCACUAGUCGUCCAAAGUGUACUCAACGUGGUGACCGACUUUAUGAUCUACGCACUUCCGAUCCCUACGCUAUUCACACUCUCGCUACCAUGGACUCAACGCGUCGGCCUUGUCGUUCUCUUCUCCGUCGGUGGCGUCAUUGUCGUUGCGAGCAGCUUCCGAGCCUACUGGGUCCACUACACACUCUUCGAGACAUAUGACUCCACUUGGGAAGGAUACCAGAUCUGGCUUUGGACCGCCGUUGAAACAAACGUCGGUGUCAUCUGCGGGUGUAUCCCAGCGCUCAAGCCAUUACUCUUCCCCCACCGGGCAAGAGCGCAGGGUUCCAAGUACGGCAACAACUCGCAGAGCAGCAAAAGGAAGGAAAAGAUUACCCCUGUCAUCGACCAAGUCGAGAUGGAUACCCGAAAACUCACGGACAACGAUGAGACGCGGCCCGGGACCGCCAUUGCUCCGGUGCAUUACCGUCCCCUCUCGGAACGACCAAUGAGCGGCGAUACCGAUAAGAGUCGGUUUGAUAUCGAUAUAGAGCAGCAAAAAGCUUUCAUGUACUGA